AUGCCCAAAUCUAUGGUGUCCUUCACCGAUGUGGGCGACUAUGACGAACCCGCUCGGUCCUCCGCCCAACAAUCUUCCACCACGCCCUCUUCUCCAGAGCAUCACAGAAGAACAGGCACAACCUCGCUAUCUUCCAGCGAGUUGAGAUCCAGACUCCCCGCCUCACUCCUCAUGACCCAUUCAGCUAACGAGCACACUGGCCUGCUCGGUCCAGGACAUGACUCCGUCAGAAAAUACGGCGAAAGCAUGCCUGUCUCCCCUCGGUCCAGACAACUCUCAAGGGUCAACAGCUCCUCGGGCAGCUUACGGAGAAGGAGGUUUAGCAGUACACGGCCCUCUGGCAAUACGAGCCCUGUCUGGCACAGACCUUCUGGCCUGCGUACUCCCAAACUCUCCCAGCUCCUUCUCGGCACUCUCUCCAAGGAGGACAGGCUCUGGUACGAUCAGUUCACUUCCACUGAUUGGGUGCAUGACAGCAUUGCAGAUGGCUAUCGAGUCUUGGAGUUGAAGAAGAUGAAAGGCCUGCGAGGCCGUCUGGCUCUUUUGCUCGAUUCUGCCCAGGGAUGGAUCCUCGUCGCCAUCAUCGGUGUCUUGACCGCACUCAUAGCCUACUUUGUUGAUGUCACCGAGUCCACCAUCUUCGAUCUCAAACGGGGCUUUUGCAAAGACGCCUGGUACCUCUCCAGAGUUGACUGCUGCGCUGGUGAACGCACGUGUCAUAGCUGGCAGAGCUGGUCUCAAGUCAUCCAUCAUCCUGCCGUCGAAGAUUCUUCUGUCGAGUACUUGGUUUUUAUCAUUGGCUCCAUGGCCCUAGCAGCACUGUCUUGCUUUCUCACCCUCUAUUCAAAAACCGUUGUUCCUUCACAGAUCGCUGCUACCUUUGACGAGGACUUGGCUGCUGUUAAAACAAAUAUUUCUCAUGAAUCAGAUGAGGAUAAAGGUGCUGCGAAGCCAGUCGCAGACCAGAACUUGUUGCCGGCCAACAUUUACUACUCUGCCGCCGGAAGUGGUGUUGCCGAAGUCAAGGUCAUCCUGAGUGGCUUUGUCUUGCACGGCUACCUCGGUCUGAAAGUCUUGGUCAUCAAGACCAUCGCUCUAAUUUUGAGCGUAGCUUCGGGUAUGAGCUUGGGCAAGGAAGGCCCCUAUGUUCAUGUUGCCACUUGUAUCGGCAAUAUUGCUUGCAGAAUGUUCUCCAAGUAUAACCUGAAUGAUGGCAAGAGGAGGGAGGUCCUCUCCGCCAGUGCUGCCAGCGGUGUUGCUGUGGCCUUUGGCUCACCCCUGGGUGGGGUCCUCUUCAGCUUGGAAGAGGUCAGCUAUUAUUUCCCCCCUAAGACGUUGUUUCGUACCUUUUUCUGUUGCAUAGCCGCGGCGCUGUCUUUGAAAUUCCUCAAUCCUUACGGCACAUCCAAAAUCGUCCUAUUUGAGGUACGCUAUGUCACAGAUUGGCGCUUUUUCGAGCUUUUCAACUUUGCAUUCUUAGGCUUUGCUGGUGGACUUAUGGGUGCGUUGUUCAUCAAGGCAUCUCGCUUCUGGGCUACGACUUUUCGUCGAAUACGGGUCGUCAAAGCAUAUCCCAUGCUGGAGGUUUUACUCGUUGCAUUUGUAACAGGCCUCAUCAGUUUCUGGAAUCGAUACACUCGACUUGCCGUUACCGAACUCUUAUUUGAACUUGCCAGUCCUUGCAAUAAUCAGACAAAUACUGGCUUAUGUCCAGCAGAAGACGACAUCCCAGCCGUCAUCGGCUAUCUCAGCGUGGCUUUCGUCAUCAAGGCUCUCCUGACAACAAUUACAUUUGGCAUCAAAGUCCCCGCGGGUAUUUAUGUCCCUUCUAUGGUUGUUGGUGGCUUGAUGGGACGAAUCGUCGGUCACAUUACACAAUAUCUCGUGGUCAGAUUCCCGGAAUUCUUCCUGUGGGGAGAAUGUCAAUUGUCCGAUGAUAUGGAGGCAUGCGUCACCCCCGGAGUUUAUGCUUUGGUAGCCGCUGGGGCGACGAUGUGUGGGGUCACUCGCUUGUCUGUAACCUUGGCCGUCAUUCUAUUCGAGCUGACUGGAAGUCUGAAUCAUGUCUUACCCUUUUCUCUCGGUGUCCUCUGCGCCAAAUGGACGGCUGAUGCUGUCGAGCCAUUGAGUAUCUACGAUCUUCUGACCGACAUGAACUCAUAUCCUUUCCUCGACAAUAAGUCCAGUCCGGUAUUCGACUCGGAGUUAGGUGACAUCACACCACGCGUCCGCCGGGACAAAAUCAUUGACAUUUCCCUCGCCCCAACUGUCAGAGCAACAGACCUUCGCACCAAACUCCGACGUCUCCAAAAUCUUGGGGAGCUCGAUGGCGGCCUUCCAGUCAUUCGGGACAAAAUCCUCGUUGGGCUCAUCCCCGCACCAGACCUUGAAUUCGCACUGGACAGGAUCGAGAAUGAAAACACGGCGAUGUGCAUGCUCUCUGGGUCCGAGCAUGCCCAUGCCGCACAUCACAAUUAUUGGGCGGCAUUCGAUGAUCGCGGCUAUGACUCGGGUCGUGAGGAAUCUGGGAGUGAUGAACAAAGGGACACUGAAGAUAGUCCCGUUGAUCUCACGCCGUAUAUCGAUCCAGCGCCAAUGGCGUUGGAUACGCACAGCCCAAUGGACCUGGUGUAUCAGUGUUUCGUCAAGCUUGGUCUCAGGUAUAUAUGUGUCCUUCAGGAGGGCGAGUAUAGAGGUAUGGUCCACAAGAAAGCUUUCGUCCGUUAUAUCAAGACUCUUGAGCAUGAAGGUCGUUAUCGAUAG